AUGAAGGAAAACACUUUAUUAACGGCCAAUGUUUUUAAUAUUUCAGCUGACAACUCCAAACCUAAUCCAGUUGUAAGGCAACUCCUGAGAAUAAAUCUAGACUUGAUAGUUGAGUUUCUACCAGAGGAAACCGAUCUCGAAACAUUUGUAAAUGAUAAAUUGUUUAACGUCGAUUGGGAACAAUCAUCUCCAAUGUACGACGAUGAACUGCGCCCAUGUUGGCGAUUAUAUAUCAUUGGGAAAGAUACAGAACAGCAGGUUGUGUGGGGUUUCGAUCAUUCUAUAUUUGACGGAAAUUCAGGUGCAAUUUUCCACGCAAAAUUGGUAGAGGCAUUGAACGUCUGCGUAGAAGAACAUGCUGCAAUUGACGGCAGUUCCGAUGCCGCUGCAGUUGUGUCUCAGCCAGCUACAGCUGAACAUGAAGCGACUACCACCAGUAGCACUGGUAAACCUACUACAUUGGGAACCGCCUCGACGGAGAAGAAACUGGCCUACUGCAGGAGCCGCGGUGCCGAUAAUACCCCCGGUAUCAAGUCUAACUUUAACUUAAUACCUAGAAACCUGUCAGAACCAAUUGAGGAUAAGGUUGACAUGCGCCCAUCGUUUUUUUUUAUGUUCAAAACACUGAUUCAGGAAACAUUUUUUAAGAAGCCAGAACCACAGGAAGAAACUGGGUGGCAACCUCCUAAGCCCUUGCGUCCCUUCAGAUCUCAGACGGUUUUUUUUGACAUUGAUGCCGAUAAGCUGUCACGACUCCUUGCUUACGCCCGUAACCAUAAUACUUCGUUGACAGGGGUUUUGGCUGCUUUACAUAUGAAGUCGCUGUAUGCACAUGUAGCAGCAAACUCCAAUAUCCUCACAGAUCGGGAUUUGAUCUACGCAUGUCCCAUAAAUGCGCGUCGAUAUUUUAUCGAUGAUAAGAUCGAGAGCGCCCGAAGUCUAGGAAAUUAUGUCUUCUCCUACGAUCAUGUUAUUAAAUUAGAUUCGGAUAUUAAAGAUCAGCCAUUGGAAGCAAUUGCUAAAACAUUCAUAUCUGGAUUGGGUCAAAGUCUGAUUAAUAGAUCUCCUGCUUAUACGGCCGGCAUGCUUGGAUACUUAGAUGUACGUAAGUAUUUGUUGAAGCCUCUGAAACAUGGCAGACGUUCUUUUGCGGAGAUCUCAAAUCUCGGCAACGUGUCUGUGUCGGCCUCCAGCAGCAAUGGCACUAGGAUUGGUGGAAGCAAUAGCACCUUCUCGAUCGCCAAGCUUGUUUUUGCACAAGCGUCAUCGUCACUGGGAGCACCGUUUUUGCUCAAUAGCGUUAGUGUACCUAAUGGCCCACUUUCAUUUUCAAUAAGCGUUGCUGGCGACGAUGACAAGUUGACAAGAUCUCAUUGUGCUGAAAUUCGCGAUUAUUUUUUAGGUUAUCUUAGUGAUCUUAUUGAGUAA